AUGGAUCAAAAUAAAAAAUCUCCAAAAACUGAUAAACACAAGACAACUACAAAUGCAUCAUCCAAAAGUGGAAAAAAUGAUGAAAAAGACGACGAAAAUGUUUUAUCUAAAGCGGCUCAUAAAAUUGGAGACAAAGUGCAUAACUUUACUGAUGAUGUUAAAGAAAAAGCACAUCAUUUAACUCAUAGUGAUGAUCCAAAAAAAGAUAAAGGUGAUAAGAAAGAGGGCACUAAAUUAAAAACAUCAUCAAAAAUUGAUAAGAAAGAUUCCGAUGAUGAAAAAGAAAAAGAUACAUCAAAACCACCACCACCUCCACCCUCAUCUUCUUCAGAACCUCCGUCUGAUGAUAAAGAAGGUGGUAGUGGUAGUGGUGGUACUGCUGCUGCUCCCCCUUCUUCAAAACCACCCGGUUUACCAUCUCAAGCCGGCAAACAAGAAAAUUCUGCAGCUGCACCUCCAUCGUCAAAAAAAACUGGUCCUGAUCCAGCCAGUAAAGCUAAAGAACCACCGUCAGGUGGUGAUUCUAAACCUCCUGGUGAAAAGAAAGAUGACGAUGCUGCUGCUGCUCCUUCUUCAAAAGCACCUGGUAGUAGUUCGGCUAGUAAAUUUCCUGGCACGCCUGCUGAUAACCAGAAAGCUGCUACAACUCCUCCUUCUUCUAAACCAGCGAGCAACGAAAAGGAUAAUACAAAGUCUGUAGACCUAGCAAUAAAUAAUGAUUCAAAACAGUCAGCUAGCAAACCAAAUAGUGCUUCAGGUGAUGCUGAUACAUCUAAUAAACUAUCGACAGAAGAAAAUCCAAAUGAUAAAGUUCAUAUUUUGUUUGAUGGCGUGGAAACUGUUGAUGAUUUACUUGAGCGAAUCGAUGAAGCAAUUGAAAAGGCAAACGUUGUUGUAACUAGUAGCAAAGACAAAAAUGUUUCUGACAAAAAAGAAAGACAAAAUGUCUCAGGUAGAACUGCAAAUAAUACUGGAAAAAAAACUGAAGUGAAGGCUGCAGAAGAAGAACCAGUUCGUAUCCCUUAUGGUGAUGUACAUCAGCUAAAAGAUAUUUUAGCUCUAGUCAAUGAUCAACCAGGUCAUCGAAAAGUUGUACUUGAAGGCGCACCUAAACAAUCAAGUAGUGCUACUAUUAAAAAAUCUAAUAAUUCACCGUCUGCUACAACUUCUCCAGUCACUACAAAUGAACAAAAAGAUUUAUCAACAAAAGAAAAACCAACUGAAAAUCAACCAUCUUCAAAUGAUACAUCUUCAUCUAAAGCGGAUCAAAUUCAUAUUAAUAUUGACAAUAUUCAAUGUGUUGAUAAUCUAUUAGAUCGUGUUGACGAUGCUAUUCAAAAUGUCCCAGUUGUGAUUGAUGUAGAAUCUCAUAUAGAUAAAGCUCCAAGUUCUCCAUCAGAAUCAAAGGAACAUGUUCAAAAUGAAGUCGAAACUCAAAAACAAGGAGAAAUUAGCAAGAAAGAAAUAGCAACUGCUAUGAAAUUUCAAAAACAAAAUCCUGAAAUCGAACAAGAAAAUAAUGAAAUAAGCUUAAUUGAACCAGAUGCUGUUCAUCAAUUUGCUGUUCAAUCGGAUGAUCUGAAACAAACAACAAUAUAUGCUGAUGCUUUAUUACCAUCCAUUAUCAUAGAAGAUUGA